AUGAUAAGAAGGACUGAUAAGGGGGAGGAUGAGACUGUCCGAUAUGUCACUCUUGGUUGUGCCUGUGGUGGGAAGGCCCGGAAUAGGACGUUGAAUGUCACCAGACCACGUCCAACGGGAAAGACAGAAUGUAAGGCAAAGAUUAAUGCCUUAAACGUUGAUGGAAAGUUUCGGUUGACAACAAUUCAUAAUAUCCAUAACCAUGGCAUUAGUCGAAAUAAAUCUCGCUUCUUUCGAUGUAAUAGAGAAGUGAGUGACUCUGUAAAAAGAGUCCUAGAUAUAAACGAUAUGGCUGGCAGCCGAAUGAAUAAGAGUUUAGGAUCUUUCGUCGUUGGCACUGGUGGAUUCGAGAACCUUCCAGUUUUAGAAAAUGAUUGUCGUAAUUAUAUCGACAAGGCAAGACAUUUAAGGCUUGGGAAAGGUGGUGUUGGAGCGCUUCGAGAGUAUUUUUGUAGGAUGCAGUACAAAAAUCAUGGUUUCUUUGCACUGAUGGAUUUGGAUGAUGACGAGAGGUUAAGGAAUGUCUUUUGGGUAGACCCCCGUAAUAGGGCAGCCUACCAAUACUUCCGUGAUGUGGUCACAUUCGACACUACGUACCUGACGAAUAGAUAUGGGAUACCAUUUGCACCAUUUGUUGGGGUAAACCCCCAUGGGCAGUCAAUUCUGUUGGGAGCAGGAUUGAUUUCCAGUGAGGAUACAGAGAAAUUUGUCUGGUUAUUUCAGACGUGGUUGCAGUGUAUGGAUGAGUUACUUAAGAGGGAUGGUGCAGUAAAGACCUAUCUGGUAGAGGACGAAAUUCGGGUUAAAGAGAUCACGAAGUUGGUUACGUUUUCUGUGGACUUCAAUGAGGAAGAUGCAGAUGCUAAGUAUUCGUGUGGUUUAUUCCAGAUGAGAGGUAUAUUGUGCAGGCACAUUUUCGCUAUAUUUAAAUGUAACGGGAUAAAAUCCCUACCAGAGAAGUACAUCUUAGCUCGAUGGAGGAAAGACAUCAAAAGGAGAUACACCUUAAUCGAUAGCAGCUAUGAUGCAGGGGAUCAGCGGCCAGAUGCUUGCAGAUAUUCAAGUCUAUUAAAAACCUAUUAUCAAAUGAUUACUCAUGCAGCGGGUUCAAAAAAACAUAUUAAGGAUGUCACACAAAAGUUACAUGCAAUAAUUGAAUUAUAUAGUGAGUAUCAAGAACCCCCAUCGAUGACCCUUACUGGUUUUGAUGUUGGUUGUACUCAAAAUGACACAACCACAGUGGGUAGCUCAAAACAAGUACUCAGUCCAUUAGUUGUCAGAGGAAAAUGCAGACUCCCAUCUCUGAGGAGAGCAUCCAGAAUGUUGAAAGACAUGCAGAAAGUUAAAGGAAAGACAAAGAAAACACUUAGUAAACCGGAAACAGAAAUAGGUGCACAUUAUUGA